AUGUCCGAAAGCUGUGAAACCGAUUUAUCUCAAACGUGCAAACCCAAAGCAUGCGCCAUCCAAGAUUGUCUUAUGGCCAAUGGAUACAACGAAUCAAAAUGUACAAAGUACAUCGAUGACCUAUAUAAAUGUUGCAAAGAAUUCUACGAACAGCACGGCCGUGAUGCCAAAAGCGUCUGCUGUCCAAAGUUUAACUUGCUACAAUUGAAAUUAGAACAACGAUCAUUAGGCAAAAUCGAUGCCGAGAUGAUCAAACAAGGAAGAGCAUAG